AUGGAGAUCGAGAAUGCUAAGUUUCUCACCUGCAUUGAUACCGCUGUGUGUUAUCGCUCAUGUAUUCCCGUGCAGAACCUGAAGACUGACCCUGUAUUUGAAGCAUUGGAUACAAUAUUCUGCCGCUACAACAAGACAGGCUUUCAAGUCAAGAUCAGCAAGUGUGAUCGGGCGUUCAUUCCUCUCACAGAUGAUAUGCUAGACGAUAUGGGUGUUACUAUUGACCCGACUGCAGCUGGAGACCACGAGCCUACCGCUGAGCGAAACAAUUGGACCUCGAGCCGCCAAGCUAUUGAAUGUCUUUCCCCAGAAAGACAGGAUAUCAUCACAUUUCAGUCCGCAGCAACUCAUUGA